CAUGUGUUAUGCCCGAGCUGGAGGCCAUAAUCUCCGGGUGAUUAUCAAUCCACGAACUGACUAAGGUUACACAAGCAUAUAAUUCUGUGAUCCCUGGUGGCUCUGAUCCUUCGUAAGCCUGCUUCCUUCUCUGAGAGGCCAGGAGUUGCUCUUUGCAGCUCGUCAGCGUCUAAUCACGUCUCCUUUUGAUCCUACAACCCCGCUUCGGAAGUUACGCCAUGGCUCCCAUCAAAGAAACCAAUAUCCUUGUCGUUGGGGGGACUUCUGGCAUUGGCUAUGGCGUCGCCAGAAGAUGCCUGGUCGAGGGGGCCAACGUCCACAUCGCGUCGUCGAACGUUUCCCGGGUCAGCGAGAGUAUCGACUCUCUCAAGCAACUGUUCCCGGAUGCGCAUGUUACCGGCCAUGUCUGCGAUCUAGGUGGUCAAGAUGUCGAGAAGCGCCUUGAAAAGCUCCUUACUACCGUCCGCCCACUGGACCACCUUGUAUUCACGGCAGGCGACAAUAUUUCCAUAAAGUCGCUAAAGGAUAUUGACCUAGACACCAUCCACCGCGCAGGUCACGUCCGAUUCUUUGUUCCGCUCCUGCUAGGCAAGCUGGCUCCGCGAUUCCUCAGGCCAGGAUUCCGAUCCUCUUUCACCUUGACCACCGGGUCUUUGUCGGAAAAACCACUGCCGAAUUGGUCGUUGGUGGCUGGAUACGCAACGGGGCUCCAUGGCAUGACACGCAGCAUGGCUCUGGAUUUGAAGCCAUUGCGUGUUAAUCUCGUCAGUCUGGGUGCGGUUGAAACUCCUCUCUGGGGACCGAAAGGCGUGCCGACCGGGGCCGAGAGGUCUACCACAUUGGGCAAGGUCGGCACCAUAGAUGAGGUGGCAGAGGCAUACGUUUAUUUCAUGAAGGACACCAAUGCCACCGGCAGUGUUAUCAGUACUAAUGGCGGAGCUCUCUUGUUGUGAAGUUGGCCAGGCAAAGAGUGGAAAUGUAUGAAUGGCUUGUUGAGCACUACCAUUUGACUUUGCGGGUCUAGCAGCUUGAAUGGAUACAAUUAUCAUACCUGUAACUAUGUUCUGCGUAAUACCAUGGAAAUAAACAGUGACCGUUGUGUCUUAUAGAGUUUUUCAUUAAACCCAACUUUCAAGCUAGAAAAAUGAGA